AGAGAGAGAAGCAGCUCCUUUACUCUGAGAAAGCAGCCAGCUGAUCACACAAGAGGCAGAAUGAAAGCCUUCCUCCUCACCAUUGCUGCAGUGCAGAUUCUCCACUGCUCAGGAAUACCGAGCCCUAAGGAUGCUCUGAGAGCGUCUGUUAUAAAACUGAACCAAAUCACCGAGACCAGCAAUCUGUGUGGGAUAACCAGGAGAAGGGUGAAGGAUAUUCAUCGCACUGGAAAAUUGUCAUACAAUGUGGAUUUAACAUUCUCUGUGAAAGAAACUGUCUGCUCCAAGAAUUCUGGACUAGAGUUUGAUGACGCCAGCUGUUACUUCCGCCCCAGAAAGACCGCGGAGAAAGGUUUGUGCAAAAGCCAUGUUGAAUAUUUUGCUGAUGAGAUCGUUGAUGUUGUUGUGGAGUGUCAAGGGUUGAAGACUGUUGACAGCAACAGCGAUGUUUCAGAAUCAAGCGAAAACAGCUAUGAGGUCAAAACUAAGUCAAGGGAGAUGUUAAACGAGGAAUCAUUUAAUGAGGAAAGCAAGUCAACUGAAUCAUCAUUGGAGGAACUUCCUGAUGCAAAUGGCAAGUCAACAGAAACAUCCCUUGAGGAUGCUCCCGAUGUGAACAGCAAGUCAACAGAAACCUCAUUGGAGGAUUCUCUAAAUGUGAGAGGCAAAUCAACAGAAACAUCAAUGGAAGAUUCUCUAGAUUGGAACAGCAAGUCAACAGAAACAUUGUUUGACGUGUCAUCAAACGAACAAAAUGAUGAUUCAAGAUCCUAACCAGGAAUGCAACUUCUGAAAAGCUGAGCUUGAUUUGAACACAAGAAGACCUCAUUCAUAUUACAGAAAAUGUUAUCAAUUGUACUUUAUUUGUUCAUUAAUAAGAGUGAAGGGACCUGGGGUUCCUAUCUGUAAAUUUUACUGUAACUGGGAGAUAAUUUGUAAAUGUUCUGUCCUUUGGUAUAUGUUGUUAUCUUGUAUUCUGUGGAUCACAUUAAAAAUAUAAAGCAGA